AGUGUAGAAUUUCCGGCAUUUUUCAGUCGAAAGAGCGGAUCUCAAGUGGCCUACAACGCGACGACGGCUGAAGAGGUGUCUCGUCUUAUAUUAGCUCGAAAUGAGUUGGGAUUAAAGUGUGGGAUUGUUGUGGCCGUUCCCGUCCCUCAAGAAUAUCAAUCAAACGGAGACUCCGUUGAUAGAGCUAUCAGUGAAGCCUUACAUGAAGUGAAACAAAAGGGUAUUAUCGGGAAAGACGUGACGCCUUAUUUGCUGGAAAGGGUGAACCAAUUAAGUGGUGGCCUAUCGUUGAAGGCAAACAUAGCGCUCAUUGAAAAUAACGCCCGAAUUGGCGCUGAAAUAGCCGUUCAAUACCAGAAACUAAUAAAUGAAUCGAAACUAACAAAUCAAUUGAUUAAGACGUCUAACAAUACGAUUGAUUCAAAGCGGAUAAACACUUGUAAUAAUAAAAGCUAUAAUUCUUACGAGUCAUCAAAGCCUAUGACAGAAUCGAUGCCAGAAUCGGGACAACAAAAGGACGGCCUAAAAGAGCGCCUAAACUACAAUCAAUCAGAUGAGUCGAGUCCUGUAGUGAUCGGCGGAUCGAUAUAUGACAUCGUGGCUGACGCUAACACCGACUCAUUACGUGUGAGUUAA